UAGCGAGUUUAAUUGUUGAUAAAUAUUAUUAUUUAAAAUGGGACGUCUUGCCGAGAUUGCAGGUGAUGAAUCAUCAAAUGACAAAUCAAGAACAUUUGUAUUCCAAGAAGAAGGUCAUACACUAGGAAAUGCACUACGUUCAGUCAUUGCACAAUAUCCACAUGUUAAUUUUUGUGGUUACACAGUUCCACAUCCAGCUGAAGCUAAAAUGCAUUUUAGAAUACAAAUGAGUAAAGGACGUGCAAUUGAUGCAUUAAGAAAUGGUCUUGAAGAUCUUGAAAAACUUUGUGAUCAUACAACUGAAAAAUUUACACAAGCAUGGCAAGAAUUUGAAAAAAAUCCAGUUAUUGAUGUAAUUAAAAAACCAGAAAUACCAUAAAUUUAAUUGGCUAAAAAUCA